UCAAUGGUUAUGCUGUUUCCAAAGUAUAAUUUGCUUCCCAUAUGAGCUCUAUUAUCAAAAAACUGAUACCCACAGCCACAAAGUCGCUUCAAGAUGAUCUUGGAACCCCCUUAGAUUUAUCUUAUAUUACUGAUAAAAUAUUGGUUUGUUCUUGCCCAGUUUCAACUUUCCCUAAAGUCCUCUAUAGAAAUUCAUUGAAUGAUUUAAUUAACUUUUUGGAAAUCUAUCACUCAGAUCAUUGGUCAAUAUGGAACUUCAAAGCUGAAGACACGGAUGAUUAUUCAUUUAAGCAUAAGCAAUUGGAAGGUAAGGUUAAUUAUUUCCCAUGGCCAGAUCACCAAGCGCCUUCAUUUCAGUUACUUUUAGAUUCUAUCAAUUCAAUACAUCAAUUCUUGGAGAAGGAUAAAAAAAAUGUUGCUGUGUUACAUUGUAAGAUGGGUAAAGGAAGAUCUGGUUUGAUAUCAGCUGCUUACUUAAUGAUUUAUCAAAAUUCAACAAAAGAGCAGGCGUGUUACUUAUUCACUACAAAGAGAAUGAAUCCAGGAUUCGGUGAAGGAGUUUCAAUACUUUCUCAGCUUAGAUAUCUUUCAUAUUGUUCCUUAUACAAGGUACACCCCUACUGUCCAGAAUUUGUUGCUCGUAUUGAUCAUUUAAGAAUUUUAUUUGAUGAAGGUAGAAAUCAGCAUCUCCGGAGACUAUCAAUAAGUAUUUUCUUUUUAAAUAUAGAAAAUGCACAAAAUAAGGUACUUGUUAAAUCCUCAGACUUGGUGCUACAGACUAAAGAAAAUGCCAUCUAUCAUGUGGAUCAACCUUUGAAAAGUCAAGAUUUUAGAGUUUUGGUUGAUAGUAAUGAAUCUUCAAGCGUGUUCCCAGUUUCGACUUCAUUCAAUGUAUAUUGGGAAAUAAUAUCUUUGAACAAAAUCCCCGAAAAGGAUUUGAAAGGGGUUUUGAAAGUCAAAUGGAUGGAAAUGGAUGGGUUCAGAGGCACUCAACUCAAGGGUAAAAGAUUAUUUGACAAGAUAGAAAUCUAUUUCACAUUAGUGUAAUCUAACGUAUUCGUAAAAUUUUGUUUAUUUGUAAGAUGCCGACAACCUAUAACAAUUAUGGCAUAUUUCUCUAUCCACCUCUUUGCUCAUUUUCAAACUUUAGCCAAACACCAUCUACAAUUUUCUUUACUAAUCUAAUGGCAUCACUUUCUUCAUUUCCAUCAUCUUCUUGCCCGUGACUUUUCAAAAUUGACUUGAUAG